AUGUUGUCUAAUAAACGUUUGAUUGCUGUUUGUGCAAUAAUAUUAUGCUGUAACGUGACUUUGUUAGUUCUAUUCGUGAAAUACAACGCCUAUGAAAAAUGUUAUGUUACUAUAAACGAGGAACAGAUUGUAACAACUGUGCUACCAGACAACUUUCUUAGCUUCGGUAUCGACGCAUCGGAGCUGGAAAAUUUCGACAGAGUGGCGUUUCUGAAUAAAAGGUUUAUGGAUUUAGCAUCGGUUUUGUCUCCGGCCCGUAUGCGCCUUGGUGGAACCAUGUCCGAUCGCCUGAUAUUCAGUGAGGAGCCUGUUACGUCGCUCUCCUGCGAACGCUGUUCUGAAACAAACCACACCCACCACGUAUGCCCCGCACUAAGAAAACUAUGUAAGCAUAAAAUCUUACCAUUCUUCUUGCUCACAGGAAAUAAAUGGAAAGAAAUUAAUACCUUCUGUAAACGUACCAACAUAAAACUUAUGUUCACAUUAAAUCUGCUUCUUCGCGAUCACCACGCGUGGGACGAACGGAACGCUCGUGAACUGAUCAAGUUUUCCAAUCAAAAUAAAUUUGAUAUCGAUUGGCAGCUUGGGAAUGAACCCAAUUCAUUCCCUCAUGUUUUCAACAUAAGUGUUACUCCUCGAAUGCUGGCUCGUGAUUUCAAAAAACUUCGUAAACUGUUGAAUGAGACAGGAUAUAAUAACUCAUUAAUUGUAGGUCCUGAUACUACUAGGCCACAACCUAAACGUCCAGAAUGUCUUAAAUAUAUGGUUGAAUUCCUAAGUAACGGUUCACAUAAUAUUAAUGUACGAUCUUGGCAUCAGUAUUACUUAAAUAGUAGAACUGCAAAAUUAGAGGAUUUCUGGAAUCCUGAUACUUUUGAUUUGUUGGAAGAACAAAUUAAAACUAUGAAAACACAUACAGCAAAUUACUCCCAUAUACCUAUGUGGCUUUCAGAAACAAGUAGUUCAUAUGGCGGAGGUGCUCCAGGUCUAUCAGACUCUUAUGCAGCUACACCCCUGUGGGUGGACAAGCUUGGCCUGUCUGCUAAAAACAACAUAACAACUGUAGUUCGACAAAGCUUCUAUGGAGGAAAUUACAGUUUAAUAAAUACUAAUUUUGAACCAUUACCAGAUUGGUGGGUGAGCGUUCUGUACAAGAGGCUUGUCGGAGGAAAAGUACUGCAGAUACAAUGUGAAUGCUCCCGCUUCCAAAGAUUGUAUGCACAUUGUGCAAACAGAAAUUACACUAAUGAUACCACUGCAAUUACUGUUUAUGGUGUCAACUUAGAGAUGGCUAAAGCAAGAUUCCUUUUGAAUGGAACUGCUUUACAUGGAGAUAAUUUAUCAGUUGAUGAAUACAUUAUAAGUGCUCCUUCAAACAAUAGACGGACAAAGACUGUGUUAUUAAAUGGUUGGCCAUUGUUCUAUGAAUCUUCAAUGCCAGAUAUGCCACCACUCCGUAUACAAUAUGGAAACCAUAUUGCAAUGCCGCCAUACUCUGUGGGAUUUUGGGUGAUUAAGAAUACUUCCAUUAAAGUCUGUAAGUGA